AUGUCCCAGCAGCAGCAACAAUGCAAAGUCCCCUGCCAGCCCCCUGCAAGGAUGCCUGAGCCCUGUACCCCCAAGAUGCCUGAGCCCUGUCCUCCCAAGGUUCCAAAGCCCUGUCCUUCACCCCCCAGCCAACAGAAGUGUCCCCCUGUGCUGCAGCCUCCAUGCCAGAAGGAAUGCUCACCAAAGACGAAGUGA